UUUUAUGCCCCCUGGUGUUCUUUUUGCAAACAAUUGGACCCUGUCUGGCAUGAGAUUGGAUCAGAACUCCGCAGUCUUGGUUCUCCGGUUCGUGUCGGCAAAUCAGAUGCUACAGCCAACCCUGUUUUGGCCAAAGAGUUCAAAGUCCGAACUUAUCCUGCCAUUCUCAUAUACUUCUACCAAAGUUCUCCUCACUGCACUGCAGACUCACAUGGUCUUCACACUGAGCAGCUCGGUUUUCUCUCCAGGUUAAAGAACAAUGUAAAGUACAACUAUCCAGGAUCAAGAACCAAAGAUGGAAUCCUGGACUUUGCAGACCGGGUUUCAGGGCCACUGGUUCGUUCUCUAAGCAGCACACGCCUCUUUCAACAUGCCGUCAGCCGCCACAAAGUCCUGGUUCUUUAUGUGGGAGCAACGUCAGAGCUCAAGGCAAAUGUGACGGCUACAGCAGAGGAACUUAUCAUCCACACAUCCUUCUUCUCAGCCAGCAGAGAGGUCCUGCCCAAGGAGCUGACCCUUACCUCUUUACCAGCUGUGCUGCUUUUUAAGGAUGGGACCUACUUAACCUAUAAUGAGGAGCAGGACGGAGACCUGAGGUCGUGGAUCCAGAGAGAGCGCUUCCCGCACUUUUCUCUGAUUGACAGUUACACUCUGUACGCCAUGGGGGAGUCAGGUAAACUGGUGCUAUUGGCUCUGCUGGAGGAGAGACACCUGUGUGCAGAAAGCCUGAAGUUCAAGCGGCUGGUGGAGAAGGUAGCUACAGAGCACAAGGAGAAGUACAGCAGGAAGUUCUACUUCGGCUUCAUGGAGGGCAGCGACUACAUUGACGGACUCAUCAUGGGCCAGGCCGUGGUUCCCUCCUUCAUAGUGGUCAACCUGUCCAGUGACACCUUCUUCCUACCGCCCGGCCCCAUAGAGACAGAGCUCCAUCUGCUCCACUUUCUGGACGGUGUCCUGGACGGCAGCAUGGAGAGUCUGGGAGGAAACGGCUUCUCACAGCGCAUCAGACGCUUCGUCUAUGAGACCAGGAUGACGUUAAUGCCGGUGUUCAGGGAUGCUCCGGUGCUCGGCUGCUUCCUGGUAGGCUUCCCUCUCAGCGUGGGCUGCAUCUUCUGCUACCUGUGCAUCAAGAACAGACCCAGUUCGCAGGACGACGCCUCGGAGGAGGAGGAGGUUCCUCUGCUGGCGCCAUCACUGCAGCGACAGAAGAAAGGGACAGACAAGAAGUGUGACUGAGUGGCUGCAGCAACAUGUAGAGCACCGAACCCGGUCCUGUCUUCAAACCUGCAUAGGAUGCUCUGG